CGUAGAGGGCGGGACGUUUUUGAAUUCGUGCGGCUCAGUUUUGACUGUUGACAAAUCUCCUGUUUAACGUAUCCAUAAAGGUGCCUGUGUUUGGCAUUAUAUUUACUGCAGACAGAGCAAUGUCUUCAAAAAUCCCAAGAGGUGUACAGUUACCUGCAGAAACAAAGAAAACCGGUCACAAACUUGAAUCCAAAGACACAGCAACUGUAUCUGGAACAGGAAAAUCAGAUGGCAUCCUUAAAUCUCAAAAAGAAAACGUACCAAGAAAAAAUGUUGCUCCGAAAGUUCACAAGGGGGUCUCCACCAGGUAUGGGCAACAGGCAGAGCUCAAGGAGCAAAAUCAGCACUUGAUGGCUACCAAUGAGGAGCUGCUGAAAAAACUCACAGACACACAGCAAAGAGUAACUGAGUUGGAGCUGGAGUUCAGUGACCUUGAAAAGGAGAAUGCAGGGGUACAGAAAAACCUGAAGGACUGUCAUGUACUCCUCGUCGCAGCCAAAAUAGACCCAGUUUUAGGAGAAAGGGUUGGAGAAGCUGCACGACAAAAUGAAGAUCAAAGAAAGGAAGUCAUGGGCGUCUCCACAGACCUUCUACAUGAAUUAAAAGCUUUUGGAGACAUCGCAUCACAGCAACGUGCUCAGCUAGAGGAAAUCCAAACAACAAUGACAGAACUUGCUAAAGCACGGGAACAUAUGAUGCAGGAGAGGGAGAACUUUUCCCUGGAGGCUGCUGAAAUGGAAAAAGCCCUCAAGGAAGCAGAAGCUCUCUUGUUAUAAAAGUGUAUCAUAAUUUCUUAAUUCAAAAUUAGUAAAAAAUAAACUUUAAAAUAAAUGAAUGCAUAAUAUGUGUUUCAAUGUUGGUGUGGCUGAAACUGAAUAAAAGAUUCCUAUUUCCCCGUG